ACUUAAUUUUAACAUUUACUCUCCUUUAAGAGUCAGAAGCAAAGCAUGCUGGGAACUGGACGUCUGUUGUAACCACUGAUCGUAACUCAUUCCGUGAAUGUGUGUAUAUAUGUGUAUACAUAUUGUUUAAAGAUUUAGCGUAGGCUACUACUUCUCAUAAAUAUAUCCCAAUUGUUUAAUUUAAAAAAAAAAAAAAAAAAAAAAAAUCAGCAAUCUUUAAAAAACUAUCUGUGCUAGAGGGUUAGGUUAUAUUUUAUCAAAUCAUAUUACUUUUAAAAUGUUGUCACAUCAAACACAAAAAAUAGUUAUUGUCUAUUAAGACAUCUGAUAAAUCACUUUUUGUAUUGCGCUAUCGCCACCAAAAGAUAGGCUACUUGAUAUCGAUUAGACUAUUACUCGCGAGUACGCGGCGUUGCUAAGGGUCACUUUGAGCACAGCAUUCAUGAGCGUGACUGCUGUUGAAUAGAAACAUCGCCGGAGGUCAUCGGCGUCAAAGCAGCGGAGAACAGACAAAUGAGAUGGUGCAAGACAGCACAGCUGCUCUGAGUGUUAAACGCAACAGAUGAGCAGAUAGACAAGACACAGCUGCUGCUCUGACUUACAAACGCUGUUCUGGAUAACCGAAAAGAAUGAACACAAACGACGCGAAGGAUUACCUCUCCAAACGACAGAUCCCACACCUUUUUGAGAGCAUGUUAACAGGGCUGAUGUACCACAGGCCUGAGGACCCUUUGACAUUCUUAGAGAGCUGCCUGCAGAAAACACGAGACCUUGGAGGUCCUGAAUGUGUGGCCUGGGACACUUUCAUCACACCUGAUCGAAAACCUCUACCACCAAUCACCCCGGCACAGGGGAAGAAAGCCCCCUGCAAACUCGAUGGUGGUCCUGGUCCUGGCCCCGGGCCUUACCGUCGAUAUGAUAGGCUGCCACCAAUUCAAGCCCAGUUCUCCAUAGAAAGUGACUCAGAUAUGACAGAGUCCUCAGGGCUUAUACAGGAAUAUGAUGUCUUUGACCCAUCUAAACCACGACCGCACAUCAUAUUCAUCAUAGUGCAUGAUCGUCAUCCCUAUGUCAACAUAACACUUCUCCAGGCAAUGGAGGAGGCAUGUGGAGACACUGACGCUGCCUCCAUACAAGGUGGACCCGGCAGUGGGAAGGGGACUCAGACAGCUAAAAUUGCACAUCGCUAUGAUUUCGAACACGUGUCCGUGGGGGAAAUUUUAAGGAACCAGUUGCUGCAUCAUGCCCCCAGUGACAGGAAAUGGGAGCUGAUUGCUCAGAUCAUUGCCAAUGGAGAACUGGCACCUCAGGAGACGACUAUUGAAGAGCUAAAACAUCAGUUUAUCAAGAAGCAGGAUGCUAAAGGAUUCAUUGUGGAUGGAUUCCCUAGAGAGAUCUCACAGGCAUUCACAUUUGAGGAGCAGAUUGGCUCUCCAGACUUGGUGAUCUUGCUUGCCUGCUCUAAUCAGCAACUCCGGCAGCGUUUAGAAAAAAGAGCGUCCCAGCAGGGCCGUCCCGAUGACAAUACUCAUGCUAUUGAGAAGAGACUAGAUACUUUCAAACACAAUAUCACACUCAUAGCCAAGUACUACCAGGAGAGAGGACUUAUUGUAAGGGUUGAUGCAGAUCGAGAAGAAGACGAUAUUUUCACAGACAUUUGUGCCAUUGUAGAGGAAAGAUUGUUCCCUAGUGAAACAAAUGCAAGCAGUACUGAGGAUCUUUAAAGGGCCGUCUACACAUCCAAACCCACAGCUGCUCCCAUUAAAUCCUAAAUGUAUUUUAAAAGCAGCCCGCCAAAUGUUCCUUUUCCGCUAUUUUUCAUCAAUAAACUCGAGGGUCAAAGUCAAGGACA